AUGUUGGCUCCGGACGCAGACGAGGCGAUGGAGGAGCCCUCCGAGGACACCGAUUUCGAUCCGUGUAACGCCAGCGAACUGACCGAUGAAUUCAGCGAUCAAGUGACCACUUCUUUGGAAGGCUAUGGAUUAAUCAGUCGACUACUGUUCAUGGCCGAUGUGUGUCCAUCGGUGCAAAAGGAUGCAUUAGUUAUGCUCGCUGAUUAUCUUGUUGAAUGGAUGGACUCAAUGGCAAUGAAAUCGCAAACACGCUUGGAUAUGCUCGUUGCUGAAAUGAACAGACAAAAAGAAGAAGGCAUUAAGGAAUCUGCUCGACGUGCAUUUGAAGAUGUUUUUGAGCAGUACAUCUCAAUGGGGCAGCUACAGGAUGCUGCCAAACUCUAUAAUCGUGGAAUACGCGAGUACUGCACAUCCCAUAAACACAUCAUUCAGAUGCUGAUGAACUGGAUCGAAGUUACUGUGCAUUUGAAGCAGUGGCAACAUUUGGAUCCACUGAUUGUGCAGGCUGAUAGAGCUCUCUUGGAAGCAGUGGAAGUGGAGAACGUUGCUGCAACAUCGACAAGCCGACCAGGCCCACGUGCCGUAAACUCCACUCUUUCGGCAACUAGAAACAUGAAAAAGCUUAUCACCACUUCGACCGCCAAAGUCAUCGCUGUUUCGGCUUUGAGCCAUUUGAACAGCAAAAACUAUAGACAGGUGGCAAAGAAAUGCCUGAAGAUCGAAUUCGAUUCGUUUGAUUGCCCAACAUUGUUGGCAGCUAAGGAUAUUGUAAUGUUCGGCACAAUCUGUGCACUAGCAACUUUCGAUCGAUCCGAAUUGAAAAAAAACGUUUUGGAGAACGAAGUUUUCCGAAAGUUUCUUGAAGCCGAGCCGAAAUAUGUUGAGCUGGUGCAGAAAUUUGUGAAAAGUCAAUUCGGAAUUUGCUUCGAUCUCAUGGACGAGCUUCACGACGAACUUCUGUUGAACAUGUAUCUGUGGAUGCAUGUGAAGCAGUUAUAUCAGCUGAUUCGUCGACGUGCUAUUGUGCAGUACUUUACGCCAUAUGCAACGAUUAAUAUGAACAAAAUGGCACUCGUCUUCCGCGUCACUGUUGAUGAGUUGGAGGAUGAGCUUGUUGAUUUGAUUUCAAGUGGUGAAAUGUGUGCACGAAUUGAUUCGUCGAGAAAAAUUUUAUACGCAAAAAGCGAUGAUCAGUUGGUCUUUGCACACAACGAAUUGUUAAAAUACAGUAAACUGAUAGAGCGUCGUGUCUACGAUAUUUUACAAAGAGCUAUGCUUUUUCAAGCACAAAUUAUAGUUGGACAAACAGCAGCAAGUAAUCAUGGUAAACACAUUUGA